AUAAGAACACGAGGAUAAUACAAUGAGAGCAGCAAGAAGUAGAGGAAGAAAGGAACUCAAACAAAGCUAGCUAUAGCUAAACAUGGACACAGCAAAUCUCCUAAAACCGCGAAAUCAUAUAACCCCAUUUCAUUUUCUCUCCAGAGCUCUUCCCUUUCGCUCUUCCCACUUUGCCCACUUCAAACUCAAACUCAAACUCAAGCACAAGCACUUCCACCUCUCUCUCUCCUCCCCUACCUUCUGCUCUCUCUCGGAGAGAGGAAAUGGGAGUUCUUUGCCUUGUGGGGUUGGUGAGGCAGUGAGCCAGGUUUCAACAAGAAAGCUUCUUCAAGUUGUAUUGGUUUCACCUCAGAUUCCUGGAAACACAGGUUGUAUUGCCAGAACAUGUGCUGCAUCAGCUGUUGGACUACACCUAGUUGGGCCUUUAGGAUUUCAGGUGGAUGAUGCGAAGCUAAAGCGUGCAGGGUUGGAUUAUUGGCCAUAUGUGGUUGUUAAAGUUCAUGACUCAUGGAUGGAGUUUCAAGACUAUUUCAGGCAACAGGAUGCGGAAAAGCGGUUGCUUGCGUUCACCAAAAGAGGAACAGCAAUUCAUUCAGACUUUUCAUACAGAAGAGGUGAUUAUCUCAUAUUUGGCUCAGAAACUAGUGGCCUACCUCCUGAGGCUCUGCUGGACUGCAAAAGUGAAACCUUUGGCGGGGGUACCAUUCGGAUUCCAAUGGUUGAAACCUACGUUAGAUGUCUAAAUCUCUCUGUAAGUGUUGGCAUCGCCUUGUAUGAAGCUUCCAGACAGCUAAACUAUGAACAACUUCAAAUCCCAUCCGAAAAUUGUAUGGAUACAGAACAAUCUCAAUCAUUUAUUACUGCGGAUAUAUUUGCUUAAUUCAAUGGUAGCAGGUUUCAUAGUUUAUUGGAACCUUGAACUUCAUCCAAUGGAGAUCGCAUUUUUGGAAGAAGUAUAGACUAUAGACUGCAGUGUUCAUUCAUUUAUAGACAGGACAAGAUUAUUAUAGGACUAUUUGAUCCUUCUGAGUUUUAUUGUGAUUGUAUGACAUUUAUUAAUUAGUUUACCUUUUUGUGCUA